CUAUCUAUUUUAUUCAGACAAACCAAUAAUUUAUUAUUUAAAAAUUAAUCACACGUGCGUCAACUGAUGAUUGAAAAUCUUUCAAUCUGCCUAAGUGACUACUAUUGACUAUUGUAUUGUGAUCACAUCACAACCGACAUCGAUAUCUCCCAUCUAUAAAUUUGGCACAAUUUGCAAAUCCAUUCAAGCAGAUCAUUUUUCAAACUUCCCUCUACUUGAAAUUUGCGAAUAUAUAAUUUUUUUUUUAUUUCUCAGUCAUCGAUCGAUCAUGAGUCGUCUACUAUCGAUCAUUGCAGUUUUAAUCGUAUUUAGUAUUUCGUGCAAAGAAAUGAGCCUUGUUUCUGCUGAUAUAGGAACAGCUACUUCCUACGAUCCUCCAUACACACCAACAAAGUGCAAUGGGAAUAGGCAAGACCAAUUCCCAUCAGGAAACCUGUUUGUACAGGUGAAUGAAGGGCUGUGGGAUAACGGAGCAGCAUGCGGGCGGCGGUACAGAUUGAGGUGCCUUAGCGGCACAAAUAAGCCAUGCAAAGGCGGCACAGUCGAUGUAAGGGUGGUCGAUUUUUGCUCGAAAAGGCCGUGCCCCUCCACUAUGGUCAUGUCCAAUGAUGCCUUUGAUGCUGUUUCUCACUCUCUUGAUGCCAGACUCAACAUUGAGUUUAUACAGAUUUGAUGUGAAUGUGAGAUAUAAUUCAUUCCAGAUAUACAUCACAGCUAGCAGAGUUUAGCUUCUUUAUUGCAGGAUAUAUAUAUAAGUGUGUAAUAAUUAGUAGUAGUAUUCUUGUACUAAUCAAUAAUAAUAAUAAUUAAUAGUAUUAAUGUAAUUAUUAAUAGAGAGAAGCUUUGUCUGAAAUGGUUGGCUGUUCACAUCAGAAACAAAAACAGGGAAUUAAUAACAAACUUCUUGAAUUUUGAAUGAAACAAAAUUAUACCCCAAAUUCAAUUCUGGUACAACCAACUCAUCACUAACUAAAUUUAACUAAACCCACUUAACCUUGUAAUUAA